CUCACACCUGCUCAAGAUUCCCUCCGUGUCCGAUGAGCAUUCAGUGUCUUCGGAGCUCCGGUUCCGUGCGUUUCGUUUGAUAUCAUAUCAGCAGUCUGUACACCGUGUGCGCGGGUCCGCGGCGCCGUCGUCGCGCGUAAAAUCUAUCGCCGUGCGUCGAAUCCAUCGCCGUCUGUGCGUGUUCAGUAAUAAUAAAAAUAAUAAUAAUACGUACCUAUAUUUCGUUUUUGGCCCGCAGCCGAUUUUGGUUCCGUCUCCGUCUCGGCAUUUUCGUCGGGCGCAGUAAUAAUAAUAAUAUUUAUAUUUCAAUAUUCCAAUACAGUUCGCCCUUCGACCAAGUGCGCCCCGUGUCGAAACAGUGUGCGUGCGUGGUUUUCCGGCUUGACCGUCGUCGUCGCCGUCGCGAGAUCUGCCCCGCCGACGCCGCAAAGGCCGAACACCCGGCGCCAGACCGUCCCCGCGGAGGAUUUACGCGCAGCAGGAUAUCACAUCUGAACAAGGCUUUGCCCACUAUCGAGAAUCACGCUAUAUUACAAACACGAGCGUCAUUCAUUGUAGCGUACAAUAUGACUAUGACUGUCGGAGUCGUUCAAUACAGUCCGACAUAACAUGAACGAACAGAUCAUUACUCAAGGACGAUGAUGUCGUCGAUAAACAACAGAAUAACGGGACAAAAGCAUCAUGUUUAACAGAAAUGUUUUCAAAUACCAAUGAUCAUAAGCAAAAUUUGACACAAGAUUAUCUUAUUAACUAUUUGCGUUCAAGACUUUUACUUUCAAGUGUAAUGUCAUCGAAACGUAAAUCGCCGCCGUCCAAGUUGCUGGAGAACGCCACGAGCGCACCCGACACUACAACGACGGCCGAGACAACGGUUGCAGUAAACGCGGUCGAAGAGAACGGUAGCGGCAGCAGUAGCGGCCACUCGGACGACGGUUACGCUUGCGGUAACGGUACCGAAGUCCUAGACAACUGCAGCGAAACGACCAUGGAAACGGCCACGGCCACGGCGUCGGCCGUGCAGACGACGGACAGGAGCUGCGGCAGCCCGGCGGUGGCCAACAGCCCCCCGCCUUCGUCAGCAGCCGCCCGGCCAGCCAGCAGCAGUGGCGGCACGUCGCCCUCGCCGUCGUCGGACAGCGAGAACAGCAGCAGCGGCGGCGGCCCCCGGUACGCUUCCGGUUCGUCUCCUGUAGGCGGCAACGGUGGCCGACAGUCGUCCACCAACAACAACAACAAACGUCAGCGCACCGAAAGCCCCUCGUCUGCAGCGGGGUCUGCUGCGGCCGCUGUGGCCGCUCUCAGAGCAUCGCCCUUCGCAGCGUACGCCAGACAACAAACCACGGGAUCGCCGCCUCAACACCAGCCGUCCGCACAUCCGCCGCCACACAUCGCGUCGUUUUUGACGCUUAACCAUGGCGCCGCUUUCUACGAGACAGCCGUUGCCGCGGCAGCGUACGAACGAGCGUUCAUGAACGCCGGCGGCCAUCACGUCCAGCAGCAGCAGCAGCAGCAGCAGCAACAGCAACAACAACAACAACAGUACCAUCACAUGAUGGACAGCGUUCAGGCGGCGGCGGUGGCCGCCGCAGCAGCCGCCGGUUCGUCAUAUUUCGACAUCGAACAGCGUCUGCUCCGAGGCAAGGGCGGCGCCGACGAUGCUGAUAAACUAGCUCACCUCAUGCACCUGAACAACAACACUUUCAUGCACAACCACAACAAUAACAACAACAACAACAACAACAACAUGAUGUCUCCUAUUGGCGGACCGGCCGCCAAGCGAACCAUGGACGACGUGCUCAAGAAACUCUCGUCGAAAAUGCACAUCAGAGACGAACAUGGCGUCGCGGCGUCCGCCCGUCCCGAUUCACCUUCGCAUAAAACCAGUAAACCGGACACUCUGACGGAACACUGCGAAGAUCCUUCAGGAGGUCCUCCCGGCAUGGAGCUACUUCAACACUUGCAGGGCGAUACCACUACGAUAGUCGAAAAAGAACGCAAACUGUCGGAAAUGAUUUUGCAAUUGCAAUUGUUUCGAGAACAACUGCUUACCCAACAAGAUCAUCCGAACAAGGUAAGGUUUUACUUAGUUUUUAGUUACUAUAUAGUUAGGUACUAGUAUUUUCGAGCAUUUUUUUAAGGAAACAAAAUAUAUAUACACAGACAGUGGGCCAAGGUUUUCAAACGAUAAACUAUACAAUAUGAAUCAUUGUACAAGCAUAUAUAUAAAGUGUCCACUCUUAUAUUAGUGUUAAUAUUGUUUUUUUAUCUAAAGAAUUUAGGGACUUACUUUGCAGUGCAUAUAGACGAUGCUAUUGUUUGUUUUAUGCUCUGGUAAUUGAUAAACAUUCCUCUAAUUUGACGCACACACAAUUAUUAUUAAAAUAUUGUCAAAAAUCGAUGCAGAAAUAUUAUUUUCAUGAUUGAAAUUAAUAAAGUAAAUAUUUCGCGAUGCCCACUAAAAUUCUUUUGCGGCCCACGCGCAUUUUGGAAACCGCUGAUAUCUGCAGCUGAAACACGAGGAGCGUAUGGAAAAAUUGUAGACACGCGUCCUACAUAACCCAGAGAUACUUCUCGGUGGAGUGAUAUGUGUGUAUAAAUGUGCACGGAGAGAGAAAAAAAUUAUUUAACUGCCUUCUUCUCUAGCCGACAUUUAUGUUUUGUAAUAACUUUUGAUUUACUACCGUUUUUGCUACGCCAUAAUAUAUAAUAAUAAUACACUCGCACACAUGAACUAUUUUUAUAAUCGAAACGCGCAUCGCACUGUUAUAUCCGAUCAACGCUACAAUAGAGGGUGGUUUUAUAAUUAUAAAUAUUAUUUUCGAACAUUUUUAACAUCGGCAUGUUAUAUUAAUUAUAUUAUUUUUAAACAAAUGAAAACCAUAUUUCGCACAACACUUUAACGAUGAUAUAUACAUAUUGUAUGUUAUAUAUAUAUAUA